CUUUGAAUUUGGAAAUGGUCUUUGCUGGGCCAUGGCAUCACUACCCCAAAUGUGUAGCACAUUAGGAUCUUUCAUGAGCUGCAACAAGAUUAUCCACACACCACCAUGCAUUACCCAAUUACACAACAACAAAACUACUCAUUUCAGAAACUUAGUUUGCAAAGAAACAUGCUUUCCAUCAUCAUUAGUAGCUCAGAAGAAGGGCAUAAAUUUAUGGAAGCAAUGCCAAAAUGAAAAAUGGAAAACACGGGUUGGGGAAACUCCUGAGUUCGCUGUACAUGUCCAACAUUUCUACGAAGCCUUCAAUGAAAGAGACAUUCAAAAAUUGAAGCAAUUAGUCUCCGAUGAAUGUGUGUACCAGGACCUCCUCUUCUACACUCCCUUCAAAGCCCAGGAUGUCAUAAACUUAUGGCAGAAAUUGAUGGAAGCAAUGGGUCCAAAUAUUAAAAUUGCAGUAGAUAGCGUUACUGAGGACAAUCUCAUGGUUACUGUGUUUUGGCACUUGGAGUGGAACGGAAAGAAAAUACCCUUCACAAAUGGAUGCAGAUUCUUUUGGUUUGAAGAAGUUGAAGGAAGAUUAAUUAUCAGCAAGAUAACCGGCAUGGAGGAACUUCCACUAAAACCUGGUGAACUAGUACUCAAUGUGUUAAAAGCAAUUAGUACUCUCCUCGACACCUACCCACAAAUGGCUUCAGCGUUGCUUGACACUCAUGCCUUACAAGAUGGUAUCAAACGCGGAGGAAGUCCAUGACGUGCUUUAAAAUAAUUAAAAUGAAAAAUAGAUGAUAAAGUGUAAUUACGAAGUUAUUGACUAGAAAAUCAAAUAUUUAAAUUUUAAGAAACUUUUAAUUUGUUAAUAUGGUUGCUCGUUCUCUAACCAUAAUGUAAUUCUUUAUUGAGACUAUUCAUAAUAUUGAGAUUAUUGAGACUAUUCAU